CAGGCCUGUGUCUCUUUACAGCAAUUGUGUGCCGGAAAUAUGGCUACGGACUGGCUCGGGAGCAUUGUGUCAAUUAAUUGUGGAGAAAGCUUGGGAGUCUACCAAGGACGAGUGUCUGCUGUGGAUCAGGUCAGCCAGACCAUUUCCCUGACACGGCCCUUCCAUAAUGGGGUCAAGUGCCUCGUGCCAGAAGUCACCUUCAGGGCAGGUGACAUUACUGAGCUGAAAAUUCUGGAGAUCCCAGGGCCAGGGGACAGCAGACAAUGUGGGGACCUGCAGCAGACAGAAAUGGGCAUCCCUGGUGUUGGGUGCCAAGUGGGUCCCAGUCAGAAUGGCACUGGGAAAGUGUUAAAGAAGCCCAUCUCCAGCAGUGCCCCGCAGAAUAUCCCAAGGAGAACGGACAUGAAGAAUCAGGAUAUUAUCAUCUCUCCACAGCAGCAGUGCUCCAAGAGCUACAUGGAUCGACAUGUGGAAACACUGACUCAAUCCAAAGGCUUCCGCCGUAGACACAAUUCCUGGUCAUCCAGUAGCCGUCAUCCAAACCAAGUGACUCCAAAGAAGAGUGGUCUGAAAAACGGGCAAAUGAAGAGCAAAGAUGAUGAGUGCUUUGGGGAUGACAUUGACGAAAUCCCAGACACAGAUUUUGAUUUUGAAGGGAACCUGGCCCUUUUUGACAAGGCAGCCGUGUUUGAAGAGAUUGAAACUUAUGAGAGGAGGAGUGGCACUCGUUCCCGGGGGACCCCAAAUGAGAAACCAGCUCGCUAUCGGCAUGACGAGAACAUCUUGGAAUCGGAGCCCAUAGUCUACAGAAGGAUUGUCGUACCCCAGAACGCUAACAAAGAAUUCUGCACGGACUCCGGGCUGGUCGUUCCAAGCGUGUCUUAUGAGCUUCACAAAAAGCUGCUCUCGGUUGCUGAGAAGCACGGGCUGACUCUGGAGCGGAGGCUGGAGAUGACGGGAGUGUGUGCGAGUCAGAUGGCCCUGAGCCUCCUUGGGGGACCCAACAGGCUGAACCCGAAGAACGUGCAUCAGCGGCCUACGGUAGCCCUGCUGUGCGGCCCCCACGUGAAGGGGGCCCAGGGGAUCAGCUGCGGACGGCACCUCUCCAACCACGACGUCCACGUCAUCCUUUUCCUACCCAACUUUGUCAAGAUGCUGGAAUCCAUCACCAACGAGCUGAACCUUUUCAGCAAGACGCAAGGCCAGCAGGUGUCCAGCGUCAAAGAUCUCCCAGAUACCCCUGUUGACCUAGUGAUCAACUGCUUGGAUUGUCAUGAAAAUGCCUUUUUGAGAGAUCAGCCUUGGUACAAAGCAGUUGUGGACUGGGCCAACCAGAACCGGGCACCCGUCCUCAGCAUAGACCCUCCGAUAAACGAAAUGGAGCAGGGCAUCGACGCCAAGUGGUCGCUGGCCUUGGGCCUGCCCCUGCCCCUGGGCGAGAGGGCAGGGCGCGUGUACCUCUGUGACAUUGGCAUUCCCCAGAAGGUCUUUCAAGAAGUGGGAAUAAACUACCACUCACCCUUCGGCUGCAAAUUCGUCAUCCCCCUGCACUCCACUUAGAGCCCAUCCAGCCACACGGCUCUGAAGGGAGAGAAGAGAGAAGGAGGAGGUCUGUCAAAUAAGCUGUCCAGUGGAUCCUGACUAGUAAACUCGUGACGCCUUAAGGAUGUGAAGUUCUGGAGAGUUUUUCUUCCAGAAGAAACAUUGUGUAUUUAAAAAAAAAAAAAAGAAUAAUCAUAAAACGAAACAAAAAAAGAAGGAAGCGAAUGUUCCUGCAAAGCUGUUUUCAUUCUCUUGUGCCAUUGUAUGAAGGAGCACGCAGGAAGAUGCUGUCUGUCCCCGGCGAAGGCGGCUGCUGCUGCUGCCCAGGCCCGGCCGGGAGUCUGUUUAAUGAGGGGGUGUACGUGGAGGUGGUACAAGUGAUGGGUGGUUUGGAGAUUUGAGAUGUGUUUCUCAGUCCUUCUGGGCGGAGAGACCCAGCAAAGGCGCCCUGGUGGGAACAGCACCCCUUGAUUGUGUAGAAAUUCCUUCUGUUGCAGUCGUACCGGGAGGGAGGAUUUGGUUUCGUUCCGUUGUUCUUUUUGACUCCCCUCUCCCCUGUUUUAUGUUCCUGAAGGCAGCUGUAGCUCGCUCUCCCUCCUGGACCCUCCAGCCCCUCAAGGAGAGCGUUCCCUCUUCGGAAAGCUUGUGUCAAGAGCCAGAAGCUCUCAGGUUGCACAUGCUCUGGGAACACCGAUGUCCUCAGCUAGGCCUUACUUGCUUAUAUACUCUGUUGGCUUUUUGUUUGUUCG